CUCUGCGGUUAAUACCUGAAUGUUUUGGGGAUAUUUUGCUCAUCAUUUUAAGCCUUAGUGGAUGCCCUAACAUUUUUAGGUGUCAAACACCACACACACUCACACUACAGACCUGAUCUGAUGUCUGUGGGGAAAGGUCAGAAAAGAUCUAUGCUUCUGAUCAUGGUUUCACUUUUCUAGAAUGGAACAGAUUUACCACUGCUGUGUAGAGUUGCUGUUAACUUUCUUGCUGAUUAGAGCUCCAACAUUUUAGCUGUCAUUUGAACUGUGAAACGUGUUUAAUGGCAGCUGUGCUUGUGCAAUGGGGGUGGGUAGGAUGUUUCAGCACAGUGUGGACUUUACUACAUUACUGUGAGGUAAUGGGCAUUAAAAUAGAACUUUGGAAAUGCAUAAAUGAGUGUCAGGCUGUAAUUGCAGUAGUUACUAGUUGGACAAGAGAAGACUGCUUUGUAUCUGUGUGAUGCCCUGAACAUUUCUAGUGCACUUGAAAGCCAGACUGUUGAUGGUUGACAAAGUCUUGAUAGUAGAAAAAUUUGCACUAGUACAGACUGCAAGAUUUUUUACUACAUUUCAGGUGGGGAUUUUAUUCUAAUAAAUUUCAGGAUGAAGUAUUAUCAAACAUCUGUGUCUAAGCACAGAACCACCAACUCCAGGAGGCCAUUGAAAACUGUACACUUUCCCAAUGAUAUUGUAUUCCAGGACCAUAUUAGGCAGAGUGAUCUAGAACAGGUGGGAAGAUUUAUCCGAGCUGGAAAGGUCCGGUUGAACACAAUCUACCUGUCAGGCAUGGCUGCAUUGCAUGAAGCUGUACUUUCUGGAAACCUGGAAUGUGUGAAACUCCUGGUGAAAUAUGGAGCUGACAUUCACCAGAAGGAUGAAAAUGGUUGGACUCCACUCCACAUGGCCUGCAGUGAUGGACAUGCCGACAUUGCAAAGUACUUGUUAUCACUUGGAGCCAAACUCGAUAUUGCGAAUGAAGAUGGUGACAAACCUGCUGAUUUAAUUGAUCCAGAGUGCAAAGAGUUAAUAGAGCUAAUCAAAGCUACAGGCAUUGACUGAAACAGCUGGAUAAACAGACCUUUAUACAUAAAUUCAUCACCUCUGCAUUGCUGAAGGAAAAUGGCAGGGAAAUUGUUUACACUCUGCCCAGUUACACAAUUCCAUCUUCGAAGGAAUAGUUGGGCAUGAUGGCAUUGAAGUGUGUUCUAUUCUACCUUUUCAAACAUAAUUUCUUCAUACUGUUUCCUAGAUGUGACAUGCUUCUGACCUUCCAUACAAAGAAGCAGCAUUCAGUUACCAAAUAUGCAAACCAUCAACCAGCCUGUUGUGUGCUUACCAAGAAUGGCAUCACCAGAACUGCUUGGUAGGUAGUUAAGAUUCACAGAAAUGAGGCUUCAUCCCACACUAGAAAGGUGUCAUUUUGUUUUUUCUCCAUUUAUACAGGAGUGCUAAAGGCAAGGAGACAAAUUCAAGGUGACAGCUUUUGAGCACUCAGGUUAUGCAACUUCAGUGCAAAAAAAGAGUAAGUUGAACUUUUGCCUUUUAGCAUAGUAUAAAAGCAUUUCUCAUAACACACACACACACACACACACACACACACA